AUGCUUGAUGAAAACAACGAGUUGGUCAGAACAUUUAGGCGCAUUCGACAAGAUAUCCAGCUUUCUUCCACACCAAAUCUCCGACUCAGAAUCUUUGGGAUCAAAAGUAGGAAUCGACAAUAUGACUUGCCAACUAGCUCUGAUAUUGCAGCCUUAAUACCUGGUGAUUUUGUUGCAGAUAGGGAGGAUAGAGAUAUCAUUGUUGACCAUCGAGGAGAAGGGCUGAAACGUAUAACAAGCCUCAACCCAAAAUUCGAGGCUCUUCACUUUCCAUUGCUAUUCCCUUACGGAGAAGAUGGGUUUCAUCCUCAAAUAUCUUAUAAUGCCUCCUUUUGUCCAGCAUCAAUGCGCAGAAAAUUUGUUACUCAAAAAGAGUAUUAUGCUUUUAGACUUCAGUAUCCAUUGAAUGAGGGGCAUACACUGGUUCAAAGUGGCAAGGCAUUGCAACAUUACUGUGUUGAUGCAUUUUCAACAAUUGAACUCAAUCGACUGGCAUUUCUUAGAACUCAUCAAAAAGAUUUAAGAGCAGAAGUUUAUCAAGGAUUACAGGAUGCAUUUGCAAAGGGAGACAUGGAUGGAGAAAAGCUUGGAAGAAUUAUAAUGCCAUCAUCUUAUACAGGAGGACCAAGAUAUAUGCAGCAACUUUAUCAUGAUGCUAUGGCAACCUGUCAACAUUAUGGUAACCCAGAUUUAUUUGUUACAUUUACCUGCAAUGCUCUUUGGGAAGAAAUUGUUGACGCUUUUGCAGAUAUGGUUGGACCAAACAGCGAGUUGAAGCCUAUGGUGGUCUGCCGUGUGUUUCACAUGAAGCUUGCCAUAUUAAUUGACCAGUUUAAACGAGAAUCAUAUUUCGAAAAAACGAUAGCAGUGAAAAUACCAGACCCCAAUCUAGAUCCAGAAGGGUAUGCUGCAGUGGUUAAGUUCAUGAUUCAUGGACCUUGUGGAGUUAACAACCCCACUGCACCAUGUAUGAAAGAUGGUAAAUGUUCGAAGUAUUUUCCGAAAGAAUUCUGUUCAGAAACUUCGUUCGACAAGUUUGGCAAUGUCGUGUACAGACGAAGAAAUUCAGGCAUUCAAGUUCAAAAAGGAAAGGCAAUGCUGGAUAAUAGAUAUGUCGUUCCAUACAAUCGGAACUUAUUGGUUAGAGCUCAAGCCCAUAUUAAUGUGGAGAUAUGUCACAAGGGAGGAUUAGUGAAGUACUUAUUUAAGUACAUUACUAAAGGACCAGAUAGAUCUCUCAUUGUUGCAGAAGACUCGACAAGCUCAGUUCAGGUACCAUCAAAUAUAACGAAAAAAACAAAAGACGAGAUACAAGAAUUCAUUGAUUGCAUGUCGCUGUCCUCCUACGAAGCUAUAUGGAGAAUCAACGAGUAUUCUAUACACCACAGAGAGCCUAAUGUGGUUCGACUUGGUGUACACCUGGAUGGACAACAGAAUGUUUCAUACAAGAGAAGGUCAAAUAUCCAAAAUGUUUUGCAAAAUCCAAGGGCAGGGAAAACUCAUCUUACUUCAUGGUUUGAACUUAACAGACAUGAUUGCAAUGCAAGAAAGUUUACAUAUGCUCAAAUACUAAAUUCCUUUACAUGGAAUGAAGAAUACAGUGAAUGGACUCCAAGGAAAAGAGGUUUCGCAAUAGGAAGGAUAGCAUAUGUUCCUCCAGGAAGUGAUGAUAUAUUCUUUCUUAGGCUGCUAUUGACCAAAGUAAGAGGAGCAACAAGCUUCCUCAAUUUAAGAACAAUACAAGGGGAGGUUUGUAGUACUUAA